AGGUCAUGGUAUACUCGCACUCAACGUCCCGUCUGAAACGACCGGAAGUUGUAUGUUGCAGACAAUGAUUAACUGUACGGACUUCAGUAAAUGCGAUCUACAAAGUUCGUCCCAAAUGCGUCUGGUUGGACCAGUCAGGGACGUCAUCAUUCGGCCGGCUAAACACACUUACCGACCCGGAGAGACCGUGUCUUUCUGGGUUUUGGCUCUGGACCACGAUCUUCAAUUAGCUGAAAAUUCAAUUGGAAGUAUAAGUAUUAAAGAUCCUGCAGGAACCAAAGUGGCUAUUUGGGAUCAAGUCGCACUGGAUGAAGGUGUAAGAGCUUUCAAGUUGCCAUUGUCUGAAAACGUUUGUUCCGGUCGAUGGCUCGUUCACGUGGAAGUCGAUUCGGCCGAGUUUUCCAGCCCAAUCGAGGUCGCUCCAGGUGCGGGAAAUGGACUUUCAGAUGUUGCUGUCGCCGAGGAACACUACGUGGAACUGCGUUUCGGAAGGGAGAUGCGGAGACGCUAUAAACCCGGACUGCCGUUCACUGGAAAGGUGGAAGCCAUGAGCACGGAGAAAUCGGUUCGUGUCCGCGUCAAAGUCUACGAUAAUACAACUGCAAUUUACAGCCAGGAUAUUGAAAUAUCAAAUGGAGAAGGCACCUUUGUUGUACCAGCAAUACUGGCCGACAGCGACAUUAUAGCACUGCAGGCUGAGCUUGUCUCCGUGGAAAGUAAAGAAAUUGAAAGCCAUUAUGUUUUGGCCAGAGAACCUAUUCACAAAUGGAAUUCCUCAUCCGAUUGUUAUCUGCUUAUUGAAGGGGUGGAACACACUUUGCAACCUGAAGAGGACGCGCACGUGACCAUUCUUUCGACUUGUCCCUGCGAACGUGACUUGCAUUACGUCAUAACAACCGAGGGACGCGUAACUGACUGGGCGCAACGACGCUAUGCGAACGACGUUCCGUCGGUGACCUCGUCGUCUUCUGGAGCAGUGUGUCGCCUCAAUUUCAGUUUCAACGUCCAAUCAGUCAUGGCUCCUGUCAGUCAGCUACUGGUUUAUUACGUCACACCUCAAGGCGAACCUGUUAGUGAUGUAAUCAGUUUCGACGUCAAACUUCUUCAUCGACAGGUUUACGUGAAUGUGGAAGAGAGGGAGUGGUGGCUUCCAGGACAAUCCCUGGAUUUGGAAGUUGUUGCGGAACAGUCGUCCCUUGUGUGCCUCUUGGGGGGUCGAUCUGGUGGAAAUUCCGACAUUAGAUUUGAUCCACGAAUUAGCGAAGAGCACGAUCCGGUGGCCGUGACCGGCGAAAUCGACUUUCUGGAAGCAGGCGUUUCAUUUUUCCAACGACAGUGCGUCAAGAAAGGAAACCCCGGAGUUUCUGCGGUCUCGUAUCGUCAAAGGGGCUCGGGAGCUGGGCCCGCAAACCGUAGGAGGCCCCCAGAAAGUUUGGUGGGGGGAACGCCCUACGAUCAACUCUGGCUUUGGAAGUGCUUUAAUUACACGAACGAGAUAGCUUCAACAGGCGUGACCAUAUCUGCACCCCAAGAAGCGGGCAAAUGGUCCCUGUGGGCAUUAACGAUGUCCAGCGAAGGCCUGCGCUUUUCCUCGCCCGUGAACGUGCGUGUUUUUCGGCCUUUGCAGGCAGAAUUCCAUCUACCCAAGAGCCUGAGGGUUAGAGAAACUCUCGAAGUCGAUAUCAAGAUCGGCAACAACAUCAACUCCUGCAUGGACGUUACGGCUUUAUUGGCACUUAGCGAAGGGGCUCAAUUCCUGAGUAAUGGGCUGCUAUACGUCACGGAGAGGCUUCGAUUAGGGCCCCAUGGGGCAACAUCUUUGGUCGUUAGGCUGCUGGUUACCACGCCAGGGACGAAAAAUAUGACAGUUGAGGUGAACGGGUACACAACAACGAGUUGCGAAGGCUCAACUGGUAGCAACAAUGCCUCGUUGGCAGGAGCGGUGGUCCGUUCAGCCACCGUGCAUGUUUAUCCCGAGGGAACUGUACGAACCGACACCGAGAGCGCUUACUUUUGCGCGAACGAAAACUUGGUAGUUUCCACAAUAGACAAUUACAAAUUUGAAUGGAUCAGCGCUCCCCGCAACCACGAGGGUGUGAUUAUCGAGGUAAAAGCCGGAUCGUCGGAAAAACUCGGGCCGGUGCACGUGGCCUUGGCAGAAACUCGCUCUUUGUCUGAUAAAAUGUAUCAAAUCACCAUCGGCGAUGCAGAAAACACUAUCACAUAUAUCGGGAGAGGAAAACACGGUUACGGCGUGCAGUUAACAAGCUUCGAAACUCCUGGAAUGUUGUCGAAGGACGAGUGGCGCACAUUCUGGGUUACUUGGGAGAAAAAUACUAUCACGUUCGGAAAUGGGUCAGUGCCCAACAAAAACGUUCUUUUGAAAUGGAGAAUGGACAAAAAGAUUAAAAUACAGAAUAUUGGUUUUGCGUCGUCUUGGGGCAGUUUGACGGAAUUCAGAGUAUGGAAUUUCAAUGCAGAAUCGGGCUUCUCUCAGGUUUUACAUUUGGACACUCCGAAAUCAAUGGUGCCUGGUACAGAAUGGGGUGAAUUGAUUGUCACAGGUGGCCUUGCCUUACCAUCGGUAAAUACAAAAAUCGAAGCAAGCAGCCUGACAGCCGCCUUGGCCUCCUUGACGUCUCUGCUGUCCAUUCAACAUUUGGGAGAAAGAAUAAACGAAACUGAACGUGUAGAAGCCUUAAGAAACGUCCCCGGACACAUUCAAACAAUAAUGUCAUAUCGAAAAGUGGAUAAUUCAUUUAGUGAACACCAGAUGCUGGGAAGUCACCGUGCAACCGUUUAUACCCUCGAGGCUUUAAGCAAAGUUCAGACAUAUUUCGGCAUCGACCCUGACCUUAUCCAGGCGAUCAAGCGCUGGGUCCAGCUGCGUCAAGAGGACGACGGAAGAUUUUCUCCGCUUCCAGCAGAUUUAAAACUACCGUCCAAUGGACAAAUAAAUGCCUCUGUCCGGAAAAACCUGACCUCCGAAUCAGUUCUCCUGGAGCACGUGACAGAAAUAACAGCCGAAACUCUAAUUGCGUUAUACGAGAUCGGAAUCGAAAGUGAUGCCGAUCAAGAUACAAUACAAAAAGCUAAAAUAUUUUUGGAAAAUAGUCUACCGAAUGUGGAAUCUGUCGAUACAAUUGCAGCUGUUACAUUGGCAUUAGUCUUGGUCAGGAGCGCCACUGCAGCGUGGGCCAUCGAGAAAUUGAGGAACGCUUCAACUACAGAAGAUGGAGAGUUUGGUUGGCCUAGGUUUACGCCUAGACGUGAUGCUGCAGACUGGCUAUAUGAAUCUGAAUCUGAAAGCACACUUAGGGAACCUCUAAUAACCACCGUAGAAGAAUACAAAGCCUCCCUUUACGCUCUCUCGACGUUCUGCAUCAUAGGAGACUUAAAAUCAGCCGAAAGUGUGGCACGCUAUCUGUUCUACCGCUCUCACAUGCUUGAUAAACACUACGAACUUUUGUACACAGCGGUAAAAGUUUUCUCGCAAUACGAUUCCAUGACUAAAGACCGUCACAGAUCGCUUACCGUAUCGCUCGCCACUUCUGGCAUGGAGUUAACGGACACUUUGGAGUUAAAGACCAGUAAAGUUCCGCAAGUUUUACAUCUGCCCAGUUUGCCCACCAAAGUUUUCGUGUAUGCUACUGGCGCUGGAUGUGCAACCAUUCAAGGGAAAAUAUCAUAUUCCACAUAUUCGACCAAGAGCAAAACCAGCCUUCUUGAAUUAUGGUCUGGGGUGACAGAGGAGAUUCUUCCUGAUAGAAGCUCUGUAGAAGAAAUAGAAGGAAAACUACCUGUUCUAAAAAUUAAAACUUGCUUUAAGUGGAAAGGUCCUUUACCAUCAGGCGUACUAAAAUUAGAAGUAAAUCUUUUUUCGGGAUACGAACUUGCAACCACUCCUCCACAGCUUCUAACAUCUCCAGAUAACAUGGCAGAAAUGCAACACAGCUAUCAUGCCAAUAAGCUUUGGUUCACAUUUGCCAAUGUAUCAACACAUUGCCCAAUUUGCAUACAAUACACCGCUAGAAGUACUUUUGUGAUUUCCUCGUUACGUCCAGCAUUUUCCAAAAUUUAUCCAGCUUCACGAGAAGACUUAGGUGCUGAAUCAUUCUUUCACGCCAAUUUUAAAAGUAAUCUAUUGAAGUCCAUAACCGAAGAUGAUAUUAUUACUUGGUUUGGUGACAAUGAUAAGAGGAAUGCAAAUAGUAUGUUUGAUAUAAGCGAAUGCCAGGGUAACUUUUUAACUAGUACCUUACCUCCCACGAGUACUAUGGCACCUACUACUUUCAAUAAAACUAAUACCGAUACAACUACUGCAAAGGGAACUGCUACUACUACAGUAUCAACUAUAAAUCAAAUAGUUGAAGAAAAAAUAGAAAUGUCGCCCUUGUUAAAUGUUUUAAGUGUAGCAACAUACACCAUAAACGUUGAUAAUAAAUCGAUUUCCAAUGAAGAGCCUGAAUUCUCUGAUUCAUUUUUUGCAAUUAAUACGGAAAUGCCAUCAUCCAAGGAACCUACCACGGAAUACCAACAUGAUGAAAUGUUGCACGAAAAUCUUAUAUUAGAUGAUGACGAUAACGUUGAGUUUAUAAAGAAAACUUCCAGUGUUUUAUAUGCAAGUACAAUUCCUACUCGCACUACUAUUAAAUAUACUUCAACAGAACCUACUUCUACUGGUACUAGUACUACAACUGUUGCUUCAACUUCCAAACCAAGCACAGUUAAACCAACAACAAAAAAACUAAUAACACAGGCUAUUAUUUUUCCUCCCAAACACGUAAACAAAGAAGAAAUUCACGACAUACCCUUAGAGUUGGAGAUGAAAGAAGUAACUAAAGAAGAUACUAUAACAUUUGGGCCCGAAAUUAAAAAUGAUCAGUACAUUCUUUUGGAUAAAAAAGCCCUCUGGGGCAUGCUUAAAGAAGUCGUCAACGACGAAAUGAAUAAAAAAUUAACUUCGAAAGUCCUCGACGGGCAUAAACUUCGAGGUCAGGGUUUCACGUAAUCUGUUGGAGAAGCUUAAAUUAUUCUUAUUGAUUUUCUUUGGUCGUAAUU